GGGCCUCUUCCAUUCCUUAUAUGAUCCAUCAAGACGUCAAGCUGGCAUCAAAAACAACAUCUCUUCCUCUUCUUGUGUAAUUUGCGAUGGCCGACUUGGCUUCUUCAAUGUUUCGAUAAUUCUUGUUUUAUCAUUGCUUCUCCCUGAUCCAUCCAGUUUUGUUCUUUCCGGUCACCCUUUGCCUUUGUUUCAUCCUGUCGUGUAGAUCCGAUUCAUCGUUAUCACCGAUAACAAUCAACACCGACGACACUCGAUCCCUUGAACAUGGCCGUCUUUGUAGAUCUUGAAGACGAAGAUGUCGAUCCUGGCCAGGUUCAGCCCUUUCAUCAUGGCUUCAACCUGCCGGCUAGGAAUUGUACCGGAACGGGGAUCGUCACCGACAUCGGCCGGACCAAGAUGGAGGGCGAGGGCAGCUUGCACACAGAGAAACAUCGCGAGGAGGCUCACGAGCCCGUUGUCAGAGAGAAUCCGAACCAGAACUCCAUGACACUGGCUUUGGGAUGCUAUCCUAUCGUCAUGUCUCUGGCUGCCUCCAUUGACUUGAACACGCUCGAUAACCUAUCGCGAACCUGCCGCCAGAUCAGGGCAGGCCUGUUGCAGUAUCGCAAGAUGCUCCUUGUUUCGACCUUGCAUUGCUCCAACGAACAUCUCCCUAUCGAUCCCGACGCGGUGCUGCGCUAUCGCGCUCGUACCGUCAACUGGUUUUACAUGCAAGAGAUGGGAAUCCCUAAUAAACCCUGCAAGGUCGGUCAAUGCGCCCGCGAUCUGGUUGGAGGGUGUCGCCGUUGCGGUACUGUCGUCUGUCGGAAUUGUGCCAUUAAACCUCCGGCACCGAUUGUGCUCCGCGACCGACACCGCCGGCUAUGCGUAACAUGCGCAAAGACGCCCAUAGGGAAUCUCAUAAAGCCACUCCUUGGCCCCGAGUUCUCCGUCGAGUCGGACGAUGUGCAAAGAGCCAUCUGCAAAUGUGACACAGAUGGAGUCUGGCUUUGCCAGCCAUGCGGUAAAUCAAUACGGAAUGAUGAUUACGAUUACAAAAGCAUCUGGAGAUGGCGUAACCAGUACACCGAUGUCCUCGGCGGUCUCGGCACUGGCAUCGGCGAAGGCGAUCGCGGCGUUAUUUGCGGCCGCGGGAGUGACUGCUGCGCUGCCCGGAAGCGGGAACAGGAGACCGACUGUGAUGCCGAAGAUGCUCAAGAAGCCGACGGCACCUAUGAAUACACUCCGUCUCCCUCUACCACCACUGUCUCGAAUGGUUCCAACAUUUCCAUCGCCUUUUGGGGCACCGAUACUGCCAGCACCACUAGUAGUAACGGAAGUGUGAACGGUAGCAACGCUUCCUCGUCAUCUCAGACGGGCGGUCUUGGCUCUGCCUUGGCCGGGCCCGGCCUCGAACGCAGGACCCCUAGUCCUAUGCUGAAGCCUGGCUAUGAAAGGCACGAGAUCGAGGGCAUUGGCGGUGUGGUCAAGAAGAAGCUUGUCCGGAUGGUCAAGGUCGGGGCCUGUGUCCCUGAAUGGCCGGACGAGCGGGAUCGAGGCGAUAUCCUUGGCCGGGAGAUGCAGGCCAAAGUGAGGAGUUGGUGUGGCUGGUGUUGGAGGGUGAUUCCCGGAAAGCUGGACUAUGAAUUCGCCAGACAGGAGGCUAGGAGUAAGGCGCUUGAGGAAAGAUAAGAAAAGAGGGUAAUAAGGGUAUAGGCGUCAUAAUGUCUUGGAUGGCAGUCGUAAUCGUCGCUUGCUGAGGUUUUGCUUUUCAUUAAAAGGGGCGUGAUGGUUCGUAGGAGUACGUUAGAGGAAGGGAAAUCGAAAUUGUAGCUUUUAUGGAGGUUGAUAGGGUUUGGAUAACGUUACUUGCUUUUAACCAUAUAGAGGUACAAUAUAGCUGAGACUGUUCACCUAG